UCUGGGCACAGCGGAGACGACAAUUCAUCUGUGAGUGUAAGGCCAAGGGCACGUUCGUUUCUCGACAACUAGAUCUGGCCAAUAAUGGGUAUAAGAGAAUUUCUAAAAAGACGGCGUGAAAAUAAGAAAGAGUUGGAGCCUGUCCUUCCUCCAGAUGGUGGCUGGGGCUGGGUGGUUUGCGCUGCUGCAUUUUUCAUCCAAUUCAUUGUUCUGGGCACUAUGAAUAAUUUUGGAAUCUUAUAUGUUGAACUGUUCGAUGAUUUUGGACAGAAAGCGUUCCUAACAUCUCUGAUUGGUUCAAUCAACUAUGGCGUAAUGUUCAUGAAUGGUCCGAUAGCAGCAGCCAUGGCAGCCAAAUAUGGAUGUCGUGCAAUGUCGAUGCUUGGAAGCAUCAUAUUUUCCAUGGGCUUCCUUUUAUCCUCUUACGCUCAAAAUAUCAUCACGUUAUAUUUUACCUAUGGAAUUAUGGUCGGAUUCGGUGCUAGUUUGUGUUAUUUUUCAUCCUUGGUUGCUGUUGGUCAAUAUUUUUAUACGAAAUUGUCUUUAGCAAAUGGGAUUAUAUCAUCUGGCAGCGGGAUUGGAACCCUUGUCAUGGGACCAGUCAUGAACAACUUAUUAAAACUGUUAGGAUGGAGAGAUACGUUACGGGUCUAUUCUGGACUAUCUGCCAUUAUCUUCCUAAGUGCAUUAUUGUAUCGUCCCAUCAAUUCCAGCGCUGUCCAAAAUGAGAAGAAUGAGAAGAAAGAGCCGGAGAAAGCAAAAUUUAUUGAUUUUACAAUCUUCAGAAAUAAAGCUUAUAUAUUCUGGUGUACUGCUCUGGCUAUUUUCAUUUUAGGAUAUUUCGUACCGUUUGUUCAUUUGGUAAAAUAUGCCCAAAACAACGGUGUAUCGCAAGAUGACUCGGCAUUCUUAAUUGGUAUUAUGUCCUUGGGAUCAACAUUUGGUAGAUUAUUCUUUGGUCCACUUUCUGAUCAUCCUAAAGUUAAUAGACUUUAUGUGUAUCAACUUUCAAUUCUCUGCAUGGGGAUUUGCAACACACUGCUGCCAUUGAUGAAGACACAUGCUACUAUCGUGUGUUACUGCGUGGUCUGGGGCAUAUUCGAAGGUUGUUAUGUCGCAUUGUGUGCCGUUUUAACCGCAGAUAUUGUUGGACGGGAUAAGUUAUCAUCUGGGGUGGGUGUGUUGUUUGGCAUCAAGUCUAUUCCGUUAACAGGAGGGCCAGCGUUAGCAGGUGCUAUUUACGACAUAUCCAAAUCCUAUGACGUGGCAUUCUACAUUGCUGGGGCGGUCUGUACACUCUGUUGUUGCAUCAUGUUUCUUAUCCCACUCGCUAUGCCUGAAUCUGCAGAGGAAGUCGUCGCUUGUGAAAAGUUCGACGACAUUGAGAAGAAAGCAUCAAUGGAAAAGAGCACUGUUGCAAAUGGAAAAUUAGAAAAUGGAAGAAGAAGCGAUGAUUCAGCUUAUGUUAGUGGCCAACCAUCAGCCAUCGUUCUCCGUCCCAGGCCUCAAAGUUCUUAUCUGUCCCCAUAUCGAGGUGACGAAUUAGUUGCGAGUCCGUCAACGUUGUCAAUUCGUCGUUCCAUGAGUCGAUCAACGGCAUCCCUUGCCCAUAGAUAUCUUGAACCAAUUGCAAAGAAGGCCAAAAGUUCAGAAUUUGGUAGCAUGAUGUCAAUACCUAUAAUCCCGAACUCAGGAGCUUAUCGAUCAUUACAACAGAUUCCUGUUCUCACAGCAAGCGUGGAUCUACAUCAAACUAACAGCCAACACACAAGCUCUCAUAACGUGAACAAUGCACAACAAGAACGAAGAGUGCCUGCAGAUAUUCCAACUAUUGUCAUUGACGAUAAUUUACCUGAUGAUAAUUUACCUGGCGAUAGUCUUCACAACUCGACUGAAGAUAUCAAUGAAAGCGUCAAUCUCAUAUCACAAAUACCAGGCAGACAAACCGAUCUUUAGUUAUUCAAUCAAACACUCCACAGCAGAUGUUGCGAGAGCCAUAAAUUAAAUGGACCACGAACCGAUUAGAAAAUGUCUCUUAUUCGUGUUAUUUGAAUAAAUAAACACGGUUUAUAAAUGGGGAACACAAAGCAUAAAUUAGUAUUUAAAAUAGCAUUAAAAAUUUUAACGCUAUCAACCAAACUUGCCAAAAGCAGGACUGGAGGAUAAUGUACCAGUGUAUCUGCUAUGUUUGGAGAAUGAAGGCAAACUUAGCUCUGUGUUAAGGAAAUGUUUUUAGGAGAACUCGUGUUUUUCCCUUUUCUAAUGGGUCGGAAAUUUCUAAAAUAGUUUUUGAAAUUUUGUUGUUUGUAACUUUCCAUUCAUUCUACUGGACCAUGUAAAAUAAUACUUGGUAAUUAGUAGUUGAUAGUAAAUACAUAGGCUUCAUUUAUUUCCAACUUGAC